GCAGCGAUGGCUCCCCACCAGGGCAGCCCCAGGUCGAGGUGCAGGAACUGCAGCAGGUUCUGCACGAAGCCCACGGGGCUCAGCGCCCCCAGCCCCAAAUCCUCCAGGCGCGGCUCCUCCAGCCCCACACAUCCGUGGGGCUGCCCCACAAGUGGGCCUGCGGGCUCCUGCUGCCCCAUAAGUGGAGCCUGGCCUUCCGAAAGCCGCCUUUCCUGCCCCAUAACCCAGCUCUCCUGCCCCACAAGUGGGGCCUGCUGCCCCAUAAGUGAGGCCUCCUGCCCCAUAAGUGAGGCCUCCUGCCCCAUAAGUGGGGCCUCCUGCCCCAUAAGCGUCUUCUCCUGCCCCACAACUGGGCUCUGCUGCUCCAUGGGGGACGUCGGGGUCACGGUGGCCGCCUAUGGGGUGACAACGUUUAUGGGGUCGGGGGGGAUCCGCGAGGGCUCUCCUGCCCCAUAAGUGGACCCACAGCCCCACACGCGGCCCUAUAACUGCCCCAUAACCCCACACAGCCCCAUAGCUGCCCCAUAUCAUCCCACAUCGCCCCAUAUCGGCCCCACACAACCCCAUAGCUGCCCCAUAGCUGCCCCAUAUCACCCCAUAUCGGCCCCAUAUCACCCCAUAUCACCCCACACCGCCCCAUAUCGGCUCCAUAUCACCCUCUAUCGCCCCAUGUCGCCCCAUAUCGGCCCACCUUCGUGCCCAGGCAGCGCCGUCCAUUGUGGCCUCGGGCCCAAAGCGGGGCCCUGAGUUCCUGCAAGGGGAAAAGAGCCGACAUGACGUCACGGGGGGGGAGCCGACAUGACGUCACACCGCCCGCGUGACGUCACAGCCCGCCGAGCUCCGCACCUGAGCCCGCAAAGCGCGGAGCAGCGGCCGCAGCCGCGGGGUCACCGCCGCCAUCAUUACGGCCGGAAAUGGCAGGCCGGAAAAGGCGGAGCUAAAGAAAAAAAACCGGAAGUGGCGUCGAGGCGGGCGGAAGCGCCCUCAGUGCCGCCGCCAUUUUGAAUGCGCUGAGGCAAUGGCGAAGGCGCCCCCCGGGGUCCUCAGCGCACCGGAAGUGACGUGCGGGGAAAAGGGGGCGCAGCCGGAAGUGGUAGAACCCGGUUUGGGGGGAACGGAGCAGAAGGGGAAUGGGAGCAGCCCGCCAAUGGGAGGAGGCAGCGGGGAGAGUGGGCGGGUCCAAGCGAUGGAAGGAGCCAAUGGGGAGAGCGGGCGGGUCAUUGACAAGGAGGAACGUGAGGGGGUUCAACCAAUGGGAGGAGCCGCUGGGGAAAGUGGGCGGGCCCAAGCGAUGAUAGGAACCAAUGGGGGAACCCGACCAAUGGGAGGAGCUAGUGGGGGAAGUGGGCGGGCCCACGAGAUGGGAGGAGCCACCGUGGGGACCCCACCAAUGGGAGGAGGCAGUGGGGAAAGGGGGCGGGCCCACGAGAUGGGAGGAGCCACCGUUGGGACCGCGCCAAUGGGAGGCGCUACAGAGAGUGCCCUGCCAAUAGGAGGAGCCGAUGGGCAAAGUGGGCGGGCUCAAACGAUGGAAGCAGCCAUUGAGGGGAGUGGGAGGGUUUUGGGGGUGGGCGGAGCCACCGUGGGGACCCCACCAAUGGGAAACGCUACUGGGGGGGAGCCACCAAUGGGAGGUGCCACUGGGCAAAGUGGGCGGGCGGAAGCAGUGGAAGCAGCCAAUGAGGGGGAUGGGCGGAUCCUUGCGGUGGGCGGAGCUACAGGUGGGACCCCACCCGUGGGAGGAGCUACAGGGGGGGCCCCGCCAAUAGGAGGAGUCCCUUCGGGAAGUGGGUGGGCCCAAGCGACGGCAGGAGCCAAUGGGGAAAGCGGGCAGGUUUUGGGGGUGGGCGGAGCCACCGCGGGGACGCCACCAAUGGGAGGCGGCGGCGGGCUGAGUGGGCGGGCAGAAGCGCCUGCGGGAGCCAAUGAGAGCGGCGUUAAGGAGCGGGACGUUAACGAGGCGGCGCUGUGGGCGGAGCUGGAGGCGGAGCUUCGGAGGAGUCCCGGAGGCUCCGCCCCUUCCGCUUUGUGGGCUUUGGUGGCGCUGCCCGCGGCUCCCGACCGGAAGUGCCGCCAUGUUGAUGGCGCCGCCCUGCUGCGGGGGGGCGGCACGGGGGGCCCGCCAGCAGUGGGUCGCACGCUGCGGGUGCUGGAGAAAUGCGGCAGGAAUUUGUUGCACUUCCGGCCCCCCCCCGCCUGGCAGCGCCUGCGUUUCCCCAGCCCGGCCCUGCGCCCCGACCCGCCCGUCAUCCAGGUAAUUAACGCUGAUUAACGCUAAUUAACGCCUCCUUCCCCGGCCCUGUAAUCAGCCCCAGCCCAAGGAUGCGCCUGGCCACGCCCCCUUUUCUUCGUGGCCACGCCCACUUCGUCAGGCCACGCCCCUCUCGUCGUGUCAGGCCCGCUGUUAGGCCACGCCCCCUUUCAUCACGGCCCCGCCCACUGGUCGGUAGGCCACACCCACUUUUUUUAAUCCCUGGCCCUGCCCACUGCCCGUGUGGUUCCAUAUGGCCUUAAAGAGCCCCAUAGGGACCCCAUAGAGCCCUAUAGAGCCCCAUAGGGACCCCAUAACCACCCCAUAGAGCCCAUAGAGCCCCAUAGAACCCUAUAAGGACCCUAUAGAGCUCCAUAGAGCCCCAUAGACACCCCAUAGCCACCCCAUAGAGCCCCAUAGAGCCCCAUAAGGACCCCAUAGAGCCUUAUAGACACCCCAUAGAGCCUCUUAGCCACCCCAUAGAGCCCCAUAGAGCCCCAU